UCUGAGGGUCCAAAAGAACCUCCUGGGAUUUGAAGGAGUUGUCCGCAACUGCAAUCUGUUUGCAACCUUAGGAGGAAAGGAGAUCAUGGUGAAUGCCAACAAACGAGGCAACCUCUGGAUUCCACGUAACGUGUCCUUUUACCUUGGAUUCACCAUUAGAGGUCUGGUAGCCUUUAAUAUCCGGACCAAGAACACCAAACAGGGGCCUCUGAAAAGCUGUGCUUCUUGUAGCGGUGUCAUGGACUCCAGCUGGACUGCAACCACACCUGACUGGAGAACAGAGCACGGUAUCCUGACCUACAUGUAAGAAUAACACCUUUCAAUGUGUCAGCACAAGGGAAAUAAAAAAAAGUCAGGGCUGUGAAUCGUGACAUUUUUUUAAUGCAGAGGUUGCAGUCUGAAGCAGGACAGUUCAAAUGCAGUGUAUCUGGACUACGCUGGGUUUGUAAGAAAAAAGUCAUCUUCACAUACCAGUUUAAAUCUUGGGAGGAACACCGACAGAAGCUGAACUUGGUGCAUUGCAAACCAGGAGGUCCCCUGAUGGAUAUUACAGUCAUAGAUGGAGAGCUUGACGAAGUGCAUCUCCCACACUGGAUCUGUAUAGAUGGCUUCCCUCAAGUUUCAGACAAGUUUGCAGUUCUACACAAAGGCCAAUCUGUAGUAGUGUCAGAGGUCACAUCAUCACAUGUCAGAUUAUUCCAACCCAGCUUCCCUACAAAUGGAGUCAUGAUAACAGAUGGUUAUCCAGUGAAGGCCCACUGUAAUGUCUUGAUUUAUCAGACCAACAGGAAGCAACUCACAUUGCACAUUCAUCUGAUCCUUUGUGAUCCUGAUCAACAGCAGAAAGUGGAGCAAAUGGAAAGGGCCAGCCAAUCCAGAAUCAUCCAAAAACCAAACCCAGAGAAGUCACUACAAAUACUGGAUUCAUUCACCCUCACAACUGAUGCAGAGCCUGCAGAAAUUUCCCCUGCUGUGGUACACAGUAUACCACAUUUCUUUAAGGUGGUCAUUGAAAAUGCAAGCAGUGACUUCAGGCUCACACUAGGAGAUAAAGAAAAUCACACUGUAUGGACCUGUGCGAUUUCAAAAGAUGAGUACCAAAACUAAAACAGUGGAGAGAAACACCAUGAGGAGGUAACAAAAGGAGGAUUCUGGAGAAUUACAUUGC